ACCGAGGUGGUAGCACUUUCUUCUAAUUCCAAAUCUCCUUAUCAGAGCAAAGUUUUUUAAAAGAAGCCUAUGGCAGCCUCUAUUCCUUGUUCAUCCUUGAACAAAAUGAUCAACAAAGAAGAAGAGAGGGAUCAUGAAAGCAUAAAAAAGGUUGAGAGAAGCUACCAAAGAUAUAGAGAGAUAAUCUCGACCCUUCCGAAGGAGAAGGGCUGGAUAGCUGAGAACAUGUGCCUCUACGAGGGCUUCUGGUACCAACCCAUGCAUGGCUUGGCAGGCGUCAUGUUUGCCCAGGAACAUUUCCAGGCUCGUCCUGACGACGUUUUCUUGGUCUCGGCACCUAAAUCAGGCUCGACGUGGCUCAAAGCCCUGAUUUUUGCCGUCAUGAAGAGAACUUGCUACGCCAGUUCUGCUCAUCCUCUUCUCACCACCAACCCCCAUGAUUGCGUCCCUUUCUUCGAGUUUGAGCUUUUUAAGAAACCUCCAGUUGCGGAUGUUGACGGCUUACCCUCUCCUCGCAUAUUCGCAACCCACAUCCCUUACACGUCGUUGCCUAAGUCUGUUCUGGAUUCUGGUUGUAAGAUUGUCUAUGUUUGUCGGGAUCCUAAAGACGUGCUGAUAUCGAUGUGGUAUUUUCUGGCCAAUGUGAGAUCCAAGGAGCUUCCACCCCUCUCUUUGGAAGAGGCAGUUGAUUUGUUUUCUAGAGGGGUUUUUGGAUUUGGACCGUUCUGGGAUCAUGUGCAAGGGUAUUGGAAGGCUAGCCUGGAGUGUCCCGAGAGAAUUUUCUUCAUAACUUAUGAGCAAAUGAAGAGAGACACGUUUGUGAAGGUGAAAAGAUUGGCAGAGUUUUUGGGGCAACCUUUCUCGAUGGAAGAGGAGGGGGAGCGGGUUGUGGAGGAAAUUAUAGAACUUUGCAGUUUCGGUAAGUUGAGGAACUUGGAGGUGAACAAAAAUGGUUCACGCAAUCCAGAUUUCAAGAAUGAUGCGUUCUUUAGAAAAGGUGAAGUUGGUGAUUGGAAGAACCAUCUAACUCCUCAAAUGGUCGAGAGGCUAGACCAGAUUACCAAUGAAAAAUUACCUGGCAUAUUUUGAACCAUCUAACUCCUCAAAUGGUCGAGGGGUUUUUGGAUUCUCGCUUAUCGCUAUGGCAAGCGAUAAGCGAGAAUCUCUUGUUCUCGUGGUGGUUGUUGUUGUUUGUGUGAUAUAGUAAGCGAGAAUCUUUCGUUCUUGCUGUUGUUUGCGUGAUAUCUCUCCCGAUAAUAAGCGAGGAACUUCUUGUUCGAUCUCGAGGUCGUUGUUAGCGAUACCUCUCCCUAUGGUAAGUGAGAAUAUCUUGUUCUCGUGGUGGAAUUGUUAGGGAUCUCUCUUUCCCCAUAAUAAGUGGGAAUCUAUUGUUCUUGGGGUGGUUGUUUGUAUUUAUUCCUAUCAUAUUAUGAAUGUAAUAAUUGAUUUGCAGGAAGAAAUUUACGAUUAACGUUUUACA